CUCAAAAUUUGGGAGAAACAGAAAGAAAGAAAGAAAGAAAGAAAAGAAAGAGUGAAACCAAACACAGCAGCAACAAACAGCUUCAACUUCAUCUUCUACUUCUCUUCCGUAACACUAACGUUGUUUCCGUGUUCUUAUACAAUGGACUCCACCACUUUCUCCAAUUGCAAAACCUCUUCCCGUGCAAUUCCUCUCUCACAACGUUUUCGUCUUCAAUCCUCUCCUUUUUCUCAUCACGCUUCAUUUAUGAAAUUUAAGCGGUUGGGGUUGGUUAAGAAUCGCUUAAUUGCCCGUUGCACUUCUGAAUCUGAUGAAUUUGAUUCUCUUAAUGGGUUGCCGUUAUCACCCAAUAAACUUUUCGUGCAAGAGGCUAUUGGGGCUGAAUAUGGGGAAGGUUUUGAAACUUUUAGGGCUGACGGACCAUUGAAAGUUGAUGUGGACUACUUGAAUGAUAAGUUACAAGACGGUUUUCUUCAGCGCAUUCGCUAUGCUAUGAAGCCAGAUGAGGCUUAUGGUCUUAUCUUCUCUUGGGACAAUGUUGUGGCUGAUACUCGUGCUCUGAAGAGGAAGGCAUGGAAGCUGCUGGCUUCUGAAGAGGGAAAGGAUAUUCCUGAAGGUAUUGAAAGGUUAAUGCUUUAUGCAGGUGGUGAUCAUUUAUUGCAUAAGCAUUUUCUCUCAGAUAAGGAAGAAAGUGAGCUGGAUAGACUGAAGUUGAGGUUUUCUCAAAUAUAUUAUGAAAAUCUUCUUAAACUUGAAAGACCAAUGGAGGGCCUGGAAGACUGGUUGGAAGCAGUUCAUACAGCUCGCAUCCCCUGUGCUGUUGUUUCAAGUCUUGAUAGAAAAAAUAUGGUCGAAGCUUUGCAAAGAAUGGGGCUCAAUAAGUACUUUCAGGCAAUUGUGUCAGAGGAGGAUGGGAUGGAGUCAAUAGCUCACAGAUUUCUUUCUGCUGCUGUCAAGCUUGAUCGGAAACCCUCCAAGUGCGUGGUUUUUGAAGAUGACCCUAGAGGAGUAACUGCUGCGCACAAUUGCACAAUGAUGGCUGUAGCAUUGAUUGGAGCUCAUCCCGCGUAUGAUUUGGGGCAGGCUGAUCUUGCUGUUGCUAACUUCAGUGAUCUUUCUGUAAUCAACUUGAGGAGAUUAUUUGCUAACAAGGGAUCUAGAUUUAUGGACCUGCAGAAGCAGAUUAUUGAUAAAAAUCCUCCAAAAAGGAAUCUUUCAAUAGACACCAUUUUCUAAUAUAUUUACCUGCCCAUUCUUUUUGUCUCCCCUCUGCUAAUUUUCCUUGUAAUUAAAUGAUUAUGCUGCCUAAUUUUUUAUUAUCAAUAAAUUUUGCAAUCAGUACGAUCUGAUGUGAUA